UCUAGUCGUAGAGCCGAAAUGGCGAGAGUGCUGUGAAUCAGCGGAUUGGUUAAGGCGGACCAAAAAAUUUCGUACAGAGGGGAGUUUUCGGUAAAAAAAAAAAAAAAGUUAAUUUACAGGACGCUGAAAAAGAAAGUAAAUGUGUCGCCAGUGAUCCCGCAGCAAAACAUCGAGAAGUGAACACAUCGAGGCGCGAAGACACUGACGGUCAAUCGGAGAAGUACAGCGGAGCAAGAGAGCCGGCGUCCCAAAGCAUGGCACAGUGGGAAUGUGUGGUGCACCUGGACACAGCCUACCUGCAGAAGGUGGAUGACCUCUACUCCGACGAAGCCUUCCCCAUGGACGUCCGGCACUACCUGGCCCUAUGGAUCGAAAGCCAAGACUGGGUGAAGGCCACCCAGGAUGAGUCCCUUGCCAGCGUCCUCUUCCACAUUCUGCUCGAGAACCUGGACAAUCAGUACAGCUACUUCAGUCAGACGGAGGGCAGCUUCCUGCAGCAGUGCAACAUCCGAAAGUUCAAGCAGAACUUCCAGGCCGUGUACCAGGAAGAGCCCCGCUCACUGGCACGGGUCAUCUGCAUGCUGCUCGCUCAGGAGAAAGAGAUCAUCAGAGAGGCCCAGCUAGCCGAAAAGGUGCAGAUGCUGCAGGUGCAGCCGAGUCAGAUGGAGCUGGACAACCAGAGGAACAUGGAGCGCAAGUUUGUGGACCUAAGGAGCCGUGUGCAGGAGAUGGACCAGUCUGUGAAGCUGCUGGAGGAGCAGCAGGACGAGUUUGAUUUUAGGUACAAGAUUCACUUGCAAGAAGGAGAGCAGGGGAACAAUGGGAUGAAGUACCUGCAGGAGCUUCUGAACAAGCUGGAUGCUUCACGGAAGAAUUGCCUAGCACGGAUGCGGGAGCUGCUGUCCGAAGGCGAUGCCUUGCUGAACUUCAUGGUCAACGAGGAGCUGAGGGACUGGACGCGCCGGCAGCAGAAGGCCUGCAUCGGGGCCCCGGAGGACGUAUCUUUGGACGUGCUGGAAAACUGGUUCACCGUGGAGGCCGAGUGUCUCUUCCACCUGCGCCGCUUCCUGAAGAAGCUGGAGGAGCUGUGCGGGAAGGUGACGUACGAAAGGGACCCCUUCAAGGUGGAGCAGCCUGACCUACAGAAGCAGGUGGACCACCUGCUGACCACACUGCUCAAGAGUGCCUUCGUCGUGGAGAAGCAGCCCAUCAUGCCCCAAGGCAAAGGUCCCCUGGUGUUGCGGACCAGCGUCCAGUUCUCGGUGAAGACCAGACUCCUGGUGAAGUUUCCUGAGCUCAACCACAGCAUGAAGGUGACAGCGGUGAUUGACAGAGACGUUGUCAAGGAGAAGGGGUACCGCAGAUUUAACAUCCUGGGCACAAGCAGCAAGGCACUAACCAUGAGUGAGACCAGCAGCAGUGGCAUGGUUGCCGAAUUCCGGCACUUGACCCUGAAAGAACAGAAGGCGGGUGGUGGGGGUAAAGGAUGUGGUGAGGGCACUCUAAGUGUCACAGAGGAGCUGCACAUCCUCAGCUUUGAGACGCACUUCAAUCUCCACGGCCUCUCGGUGGAUAUCCAGGCCUCCUCGUUGCCCGUGGUGAUCAUUUCAAACUCCAGCCAGCAACAAAGCGCCUGGGCCUCCAUCCUCUGGUUCAACACGUUAUGCUCGGACCCCAAGAACUUGUCCUUCUUCUCAAGCCCCAUGAUGGCCACGUGGGCUCAGUUCUCAGACAUGCUGAGCUGGCAGUUCCAGGGCAAUACCAAGCGCGGGCUCAAUGAUGACCAGAAGCUAAUGAUUGCCCACAAACUCUUUGGUCGCCAGCCAAGCUAUGACAAUUGCCUUAUUCCCUGGGCUCGGUUUUCAAAGGAGAAUCUGCCCGAUGUCAACUUCUCCUUCUGUGCCUGGAUUGAUGGCAUCCUGACUCUGGUCAAGUCGUACCUGGAGGACUUGUGGAAUGAUGGGUACAUCAUGGGCUUUGUGAGUAAGAAGAAAGAGAAGACACUGCUCAAGGGCAGGCUGGCUGGCACCUUCCUGCUGAGGUUCAGUGAAAGCUGCAGAGAUGGCGCCAUCACCUUCUCCUGGGUGGAGCACCUUGACAAUGGGAAGGCCAACGUGCGCUCGGUGAAGCCGUUCACCAAGCAGGAGCUCAGCCAGAUCCCCUUCUCCGAGGUCAUCCACCACUUCCAGAUCCUGGUGGCCGAGAACGUGCCGGAGAACCCGCUCCACUACCUGUACCCCGACAUCCCCAAGGAUGACGCCUUUGGCAAGUACUACGCCCAGAGCAACCAAGGCGAAGAGUCUCGCAUGAAGGCCUACCUGGGCACCAGGCUCAUCGUUGUGUGCCCAGAGAACACCACGGAUGUCCAGACACCUGCACCAGCGGACACUGAGCACCUGGAGGAAGGGGUGCAGAUGAGUGCCAGCUUCUCUGCCCAAAUGCCAGCUCCUGAAGCUGACUUUUCUUUGGCCAUCGGGGAUUUCGAGUUGAUGCCCACUGAGCUCCUGCUGGCAGACAACCCAGGGAAUGGCAUCGAGCCCAGCAACGUGCUGCUCAAUGACCCAUUGAUGCCCACCCCCCAGUGACUUUCCCACCCUGGAAGCAAGUUUGCUGUACGAUGAGCCCACGCUGCAAUUUCACGACUUGACUGAGGAUGGCAUGUGGCCACUGGUAUCUGAGGCACAUGGGCAGCAGGCCGGCUACAGUGUGCCACCCAUCUUGCUGCAGUAGCCUGCCCAGCACGCACUGUGCCAGUUUAUGGAAUUUUUGAGCCAAGGGAGAAACCAAGUAAGCAAAUCAACACUGAGACUGCACUACCCGACUGGACCACAGAAGGGUGCCACUUGGUGACUACUGGGCCAGUUGAAAUCCUACAGGUUGCACCUUGGCAUGCACUUUUUUUUCUAACAUUUGUUUUCUCUUUUCUGCCCUCUCCAUCUCUUGUGUGUUCCUAAUAAAUUCUUUCCUGUA